UCCGUUUCAUAUUUCCACCAGUGGACUGUUUCUGAGUCGAGGAAAAACAAAAACACGUCUGAGUGCGAGAGGCUGAACCGUUAACCAGCGUCAGCCACCUGCAGUCACCUCGACAAGCCGUCGAUUCGACCGACUGCUAUAUGAUUCCCGUCGUGUUAACGGCCGACGACCCAGAAAGAUGCCGCAGAAAGCACUGGGAUCCAUUGUAGGUCUUCUCUCUACCGGGACCUGUCUGGUGCAGGCGAAGGAGUUCUGUUUUGGGGUAAAUAAUGAACAGUACCGCUGUGAGAUGGGGUACUGCUGUGGAGAGACAGAGUGUUGCACCUACUACUACGAGCUCUGGUGGUUCUGGUUAGUAUGGACCUUGAUCAUCAUGCUGAGCUGCUGCUGUGCCUACCGUCACCGGAGGGUUAAGAUGCGCCUGCAGCAGGAACAGCGCCAACGUGAGAUCAGCCUCAUGGCCUACCAAGGAGCCUCUAGCUCCUUCAUUUCCCCUCCACCACUCAAUCUAAGGUUCUGGAAUGACUGCAAGCUUCCUGACUAUGAAGAGGUGGUAGGUCACCCCCCAACACCACCCCCUCCUUACUCUGAAAACCCUCCUGAAUCUGCUCCAGCACUCCCUCAACAACUGCGCCAGCCAGACGCUGCCUCAGUUUCACAACCACUGGCUGAGGCAGACCCAAGGAUGAACAGUCAGGCCUCAGGCUCAUCAUCAGAACAGGAAGCAGUGUCGAUGCCGAUCCAAGCACAGUGUCUGGAAGAGGAAAACGUGGAGGCGUCAUUGAUGGCAGCAGAGGAGGAUGAGGAACUCGUCACUCGGCGUCGGCAUGUGACCGGCGACUCAGGGAUUGAGGUGUGCGUUUGCCAGCUGGAUGUAGACGAGGGCUCAGGGCUUGAGGAGGAAAGCGACGAGGAGCACCGGAUGUGCAAGGUCACUGGCGGGGACUGCUGCUCUGGGCAUCAGCAGCAAACCUUCAGACAGAAGGAGCAUACCUCUGAGCUGCCCAGCCAGACCGCCAGCACCAGCACUGGAGACCACAUGGUGUGAUCCAAAGCGCAACUAACCAGCUAAUCAGUGCGGCUUUCUGCUUCACACAUGGUGAUAUGAGAUAGCUGUUGCCAUCAUCAUCACCACGGGCACUGUCUGUGUUUUAAUUCUUUGAACUAACACAUAGGCAUGACGUUAAGAUGAUGAUGAUAACUACUCUGUAAUGGCUCCUGAUUAGGAAAGAUGAAUAACACAUUAUGUGGACAAGCUCCUGGCUUAAUUUUUUUUUUUUUUUUGGGCUUUGCUUUUCCUUCGUGGGGAAACCAGCAAAUACAUGUUGAUGUACCAUUUGGUAUGUUUUUUCUUAGUGUUAAGUGAGAGAAUGUCAUUGGGUAGUGAGAAGGCAGCAAUUGAUUGUGACCGAAAUCUGAAUUGACGAUUUCCCUUGCUCCUAUCCUGUCCUGGAGCACUGUCGUCAUGUUUCCGUUUCUGUCUCGCUGCUCUCCUUGGUCAGAAUAUUUCCGGCCAUCCUUCCAUCAGACACUGUACCUCUGGUGGGAUGGUCAGCUAGGAGCAUACCAACACGGUCAGCAUUUCUCCCCUGUUCCCACUAAGACUAAGCAGAGGAGUCAAAACCAACCUCUUGAAUAAGUUAAGAUGAUACUGGAUGAAUUGACAUGAGCACACACAUUGUGCCGCCCCCACCCCCCGCAACCCAAAAGCUGUAUGUGAGUGAGAGUUUAUGUGUGUGCUGUGAAAUCUAGGGCACAGCUGCAUGGUGAUGUCACCUCUGAGGUCAUGGCACCCGGCGUCUGGUGUCCUAUGGUCUGUGGGAUGUUUCGCAUCUAGAUUGAGGGGACACUAAACACCCACAAAUAACAGAGGCAGAGGCAUGGAAGAGUUGAGUUUUUUUUUUUUUUUAUCAUACGUCAUACACCCUCCCUCCAGCACUUUUUCCUUUUGUGAUAUCCGUACUCUGGUCUCCACAGCUCUGUGGGCACCAGUUAAAAUGACUGUAGAAAAGGAGUGAUCCUCUUUGUAAGAUUUAUCGAUUGUGUGCAUGUGAUAUCCCCACUUUGGUUUCUGGCUGCAUUUAAUUGAUAGUUAUCUCAAAGAGGGCUAUGCCACCAGAAUUUUUAAAUCAAUAAAAAGCCUUGUGGUGGUUAUCUGUUAGCGUUAUGUUAGAGUGAGUGUAUUUCUCAGUAUAUAGUUUGGGUGUUCAUAACGAAGGAUGUACUUGCUUUUGUUUUUUUUGUUUCAUAACCAGCUGUGCUUCAGUAAAUGCCACAGGUGUCACUGUUAAUUGCAACAAAGCUCUUGAUGGGGAGCUGCUAGAGUUGGGAAAUAGUGAUUUGGUGUUUUAGUGCAGUAGGGAAGGUUAGUGUGUGUAUAUUUGUAAAGUGCUGUAGUACCUGGUUCAAAUGCUUACUCAGCACGGAGGUGGAUUAACAAUUAAAGCACUGGUUUUUGCAUGAGGCAUGAAUCUCUGUGUUUAUAUUUGAGUUAAUUAGCAUUUUAUAGCAGUUGUGCUACCUGCUUUGCUCAUUUGUUUGUCAGAAUGAUGUUGGGCUACAGUGGCUACACAACUCCGUACCCAGGUGUUGGGGAAAAGAAGUGGAAUGAGGUUUAAGUUCAGAUGCCCCGAGUUUCAUUGUCUUGUUCCGACUGUGUGUGCCAUGCUAUGGUGGUACGCAGUGCUGGUAAUUAGUUAGCUGGUGCUGUCUUGGCUCUCUGUGGCCCCUGUAGCUUUUGGCAGUGUGAAGGAUUUGCAGUGGUAUUUUCCAUUGGCAGCAGAGAGUGGGUGCAUUAGAACGUUGAAGUGGAUGCAGGCAGGCAGGCAGGAUGCAGACUGCUCCGUAGUCCGGUCAGUGGUGGCACAACUGCAGAAUCUAUUGUGAUUAACAGCAUGUUGCUCUGCCUUGCACGCUGCUUGCCCAGUAUAGUACGUAUUCAAAGCAUAGCAGUCGAACUGGGUGUUGUUAGAUAGGAAAACAACCGCAAAACAAAAUUGUUAUUUGUUACAAGACAAAAGUCUGUGCAGGACGAGCAGUAACUGAUAAGUCAGUAAAUGUUUCAUUGAGAAUUUAGUUUGGAACAAUGUUCAGCAACUUUAAAUUUGUCUGCUCUGAUGCUGUGUGACAAAAUGGGCACCGUGUAAAAGGCUCAGGUCAGUCAUUCUGCUUCUCACCAGCACACACGCUCACAAAGCACUGCUCCAUCACUGUCGUGAAAAUGUUCAUCAGAAUGCCCCAAAUAGACAAACUCUGUGCUUGUUGGACAUAUUUAUUCACACAUUAAGAUUUCUUGACAUGUCUCUUUAUUUUCAGCACUGAUUGAACUCUGACAAGAACACAUAUAGGAAAUUCUUAACAAGAUCUGACACUGGGUUCCUCUCAUAAAUGUGUAUAAUUUCGGGACCCAUGCAACUCAGUGACCCAUCACAGUGUUUGUUCUUCCCUCCCAACUAGCCGCAGCCCAAAGCUCAGUUCUGGUUGUGGUUGUGUUCCUUGUUUCUGUGCUCUACGACUUGACCUAGAGUACUGACUGUUGCAGCUAAAAUGUGGGGAAACAAUACAAGAGGGCCAGUGCACCAAAAAUGUGAAUAUUGAGUGAAACAAAAUGAAUGCACAGCUGCCUACGGAUUAAGUUAAAAGACUGUUUUGUUUCAUUAAAUAAGCCUAGUUAAUCAAACAUGCUGCUAGCCUGUUGUGCAGCACAAGUGUUAGGUUUGCAGUCCUUGUGUUGCGUAGUUGAGCAGGUGUGUAAAUAUGAAGCCAUACUAGCAUGACAAUGACCUUUUCAGAGGAGCAGUUACACUGUGUGCAUGACUGCACACCCAUUAGCAGAAGUAAUAUAAGACAUUUUUUGACCAACAAACCUCAAGCUGCCUUGCUGCAUCCCUUGCUGCAAUGUCUUGAUUAUGGAAUUGCACAAGAAAAUAUAGCCUCUGUAUGCGGAAACAGAUGUGCUACUGCCUUAUUAGAGUAGAUGUAGUUCAGUGGGUUUGUUUUGGUUUUCUUUUGAAUGGUAAUAUUUGUGUUGUUCCAAGCACGAUUGCUUCAGAGAAGGGGAGUGCUUUUGUAUCAACAUUUCAAUAUUAUCUGAGGUUGUUCCGGGAAAGUGUGCUCGCAUUGUGAGAAAAGGAUGUGGUUUAUAAACAUUUUAAAGCCACAAGAUUUGAACUCUCACAUGUUCUGUAGAAUUUUACCUACAUUGAUUUUGUAUCUGAUGGGUGGUUGUGUUGAAUUUAAAAUACUGUGUCUAGUUAGUUGUGGCACUGAUGGAAUUUGUCAAGACCAGAUGGUUGAGUUUUUGCUCACUCUGUUAUUGUUCUGUGGAUCUGGUUUCAAUUAGUUUUUGAAAGUAACUGACUCGAAAGCAUGAGGAAAAUAAGUUAAAAAAAAAAAAAAAAAUCUCAUUUCAGUUUUGUGUGGUCUCUUUGUGAUUCAUCCCAUUUGUGGUUGGAGGACAAAAAUUAAGUCCAACAAGAGAUUGCUUUUAACAUUGUUGCUAAGGUGCAGUUUUACUUAUUUGUAUACAUAUGUAGACAAAAUACCAGGGGAGGGGAGAGAUGAGGAAUGAGGGAAGGAUCGUUCCUUUUGCAUGAGUGAACUGGAGGUCCAUAGUUUUACCAUUGCCAAACAACUACUAUGCCUCCAUGGUUUUGACGUUUACCGAGAUUAAGGGCUAUAUCAGUCAUUAACUGUGGACAGGCAUCAUCCAUCCAUCCAUCCAUUUAUCCAUCCAGUUCAUGGAGUGAUUUGUUUUCUCUGAGCUGUUUAUUUAAAGCCACAGUUUCCGAAAUUUGCAAUGUGAACGUGGUCAGUGUUUGGAUGUGGACGUCCUUUAAUGUUGAGACAGCACUCAUAUUUAACUUUAGGAGAUUGUAAAUGACUGUGUAUGUUUGUUUUAUAGGCUCUUACUUUGCCUUUUUGUUUUUGUCAAACUCAGUGGAGGUGCGUGAUGCGGCAUCCCUCCAUCUCCCCUCUCCCUACUCAACCAGAAUUAUUUUCUUUACGUAACUAGUUGGCAUGUGUGGUUGUGAUGGGAGUUUUUGCUUUGCUCCAUUGGGUCUUCGUGGACUGUAACUCCACCCUCCACCAGGCUCUGUCUUGGUAACAGAAACUGUAGCCAGAUCCGUAGCUGUUUGUUUUUCUCAGCUGCACCUCUCUGCAUGUGGACCCUAGGAAACCGGAGGGCACAUCCACCCAUGCAGAAGUGUUGACAGAAUAAUCUACCAAAGUCGCUUCUAUCUUCAUCCGUUACGCGGAUCACCGCUCUGUGUGUGGCUGUUGGCAUGACGAGGGUCUGUUUGGUUUCCCACUCUCAGGGUCAUCUUUAACAAGCAGUGCUAGAGUUUUAAAUUAACACAUUUUGACCCACCAGUCUCAUAAAGCCAAAGCAGUUGUGUCAUGGUUGUUGUCUUUGUUUCUGCAUCGUACAUCUCUGUAGUGUAUUGUACUUUACUCGACUAGGCUAUGCAAAAACAUCUACCGUUAAAUGCUGCGACCCCUUUCUCACUUUCUCUGUCAUUUAUCUGUGGGCACCAGUACAAGCAAUAUAACUCUCAGUACUUGUGGCACGGCACUGUACUGUACUCUACUUUGGUUGGUCUGUGUACAUGUAAACAAAAAAACUCGUAAAAAUAUAUAUUUGUAAUGCUACUACAAGGAUGUGGUGAGUAUGUAUGCUUAGGUGUCAGCUGAGGGGCUUUGGAUUAAAAAGCCGUUCUAGUUUAUAUAUUCUUUUUUCCCUUAUUUGCUUUUUCCUGUCUGCCUCCUCAACCACUAACACUUUCUACUCCUGACUUAUUAAUAAACCACGUUAUUAAGUUGUAUAAGCCGAAGGAAAAAGUUGAAUAUAUUGUUUUUGUUGGAUGAAUUCUUAUUUGAUAACUUUAGUCUAUUCCAAACUUUUCCAUCCCUCAUAUUUGUUGCACUAAUUCAGUGUGUUGGGUUAUUCAGUUUAAACAAUUUUCUUCUUUUUCCAUCUUGAUGGUUUUUCACUGACUGAAUUUUUAACUGUUGCCUUUUAAUCCACAGUUAUGACACCAUCAGUUUUUACAUUUUUAUAUAUUAUGCAUAUGAAAGACCUCAACAUGGAACACAGUCAGCUUACAUUAGAACCAGCACACAUUAGGCAGAACAGGAAUGACUUGUGAACCGCUCAACUUUGAACUGGUGCAAGAAAAAAAGAUUCCCAUCAUCAAUGUGAUUGUUUCAGUCAGACAACCUGGAAACUCUUUGUUUUCUCAACCUUAGAUAAUACCAAACAGAUGGAGGUGCCAUGGUUGAGCUAUGUGGAUUUUUUUUUUUUUUUUUUUUGCCAAAAUGAGAAACACCCUGGUUUGAGAAGGAAGCAGGCAUCUACAAACACAGACCAGACUCUUUAUACAUUGUUUUCCUAAUAACUUUAAACAAGCCAAAAUGAGUAAAGUGGAAAAAUAGAAAAAAAAAAUUUAAAGCACUGAAUUACAGAUACAAAUGUUUUGGUUGUAGUAAGAAGUCUGCUGUGUACUCUUUGGGUCAUCAUUUGUAUUUUAUUUUUUUAAUAAAACAAACAUUGGCACUCAA